CGUGCUUGCUUGCUUAGGGGCACUUCUCUCACUGAAGCAGACUUUGCAAUGGCAAGAACUAAGCAAACCGCCCGUAAAUCCACCGGAGGAAAGGCUCCGCGAAAGCAGCUCGCCACCAAGGCUGCUCGCAAAAGCGCACCAGCGACCGGAGGAGUGAAGAAGCCUCAUCGUUACAGGCCCGGCACAGUGGCUCUGAGAGAGAUCCGUCGCUACCAGAAGUCCACUGAGCUGCUGAUCCGCAAGCUGCCUUUCCAGCGUCUGGUCAGGGAAAUUGCCCAGGACUUCAAGACCGAUCUGCGCUUCCAGAGCUCUGCUGUCAUGGCUCUUCAGGAGGCCAGCGAGGCUUACCUGGUUGGUCUGUUUGAGGACACCAACCUGUGCGCCAUCCACGCCAAGAGGGUGACCAUCAUGCCCAAAGACAUCCAGCUAGCCCGUCGCAUCCGCGGGGAGCGUGCUUAAGUUGAUCCCGACAACGUCAAGAAAAACAAAAGGCUCUUUUAAGAGCCACCUCAAUAACUCUUGAAAAAAGCUAAUUUUCUGUCCAGUGCACACACGUAAUAUUAUAGUAUACUGUACUGAGCUACAGUACGUAUAUUUCUCCCCCCAUUAGAAAUUACGGUUGAAACCAUUUGGGUUUUGAGGAAGGCACUGAUUUUCAUACAUAUGACAGAGGGUAUUGCUUGUUUACAUUUCAGGCUUGGGUUAAG